CGGUGCCUGGUUAAAGGGGCGGGCGCGGCGGCGCGGGUAGGCGCUGUUUUCGCUCCGCCUCCUCUACCUCCGCCUCGUAGUGCGGUGGUGGCGGGCAGGGUCUGGCAGCGGCCCCGAAGCUCCUCGCCGAGGCGCUUCGGCCUCUGCUCCCUUUUUCCCGCGGUCGCUGUCGGGUCCCAGCGCGAUGUCGGGCGGCGCGGCUGGCGCCCCCAAGCCUCUCCCGUCCUCCGGGCCCAAGUCUCUGCGGGAGAUGCCGCAUCCCCUGGCCACGUCUAGCAGCGAGGAGAUGGGGCCGGCGCUUACCCCUAGCCCCGACCUGCUCCUGCCCCGCAGCAUCGCCGACAAGGAUCUCAGUCUACCCAAUGGUACACCUGUGGACACUUCUAGCCCAGCCUCCUCCUCAUCUCUCCUCAACAGACUGCAGCUGGAUGAUGACUUGGAUGCAGAAACUAGAGACCUCUUUGUUACUGUUGAUGAUCCCAAAAAACAUGUGUGCACCAUGGAGACAUAUAUCACAUACAGGGUUACAACAAAGACCACACGAGCAGAAUUUGAUUUGCCGGAGUAUUCUGUCCGCCGGCGAUACCAAGACUUUGACUGGUUGAGAAACAAGCUGGAAGAGUCACAGCCAACGCAUCUCAUUCCCCCUCUUCCUGAAAAAUUUGUGGUGAAAGGUGUUGUCGAUCGCUUUUCUGAAGAGUUUGUGGAGACAAGGAGAAAAGCAUUAGACAAAUUCUUGAAGAGAAUAACCGAUCACCCAGUGCUUUCUUUCAAUGAACACUUCAAUGUGUUUCUCACAGCCAAGGAUCUUAAUGCCUACAAAAAACAAGGAAUAGCAUUGCUGUCAAAGAUGGGAGAGUCUGUCAAAUACGUAACAGGAGGUUACAAAUUAAGAAGUCGACCACUGGAGUUUGCAGCCAUUGGGGAGUAUUUAGACACAUUCUCUCUAAAGCUUGGUACCAUUGACAGAAUAGCACAGCGGAUUAUCAAAGAACAGUUGGAAUACUUGGUGGAACUACGAGAAUAUGGACCUGUUUAUUCAACCUGGGGAGGGCUGGAGGUUGGGCUAUCAGAGCCACUGGAAGGGGUGUCUGCCUGUAUUGGGAACUGCUGCACGGCUCUUGAAGAACUUAGUGAAGACAUGACUGAAGACUUCCUGCCUGUACUGAGGGAAUAUAUAUUGUACUCGGAGUCGAUGAAGAAUGUGUUGAAGAAGAGAGACCAAGUUCAAGCGGAGUAUGAAGCAAAACUGGAAGCUGUAGCCUUGAAAAAAGAGGAACGCCCAAAGGUACCCACAGAUGUUGAGAAAUGUCAAGAUCGAGUAGAGUGUUUCAAUGCUGAUCUGAAAGCAGAUAUGGAGAGAUGGCAGAACAACAAAAGACAAGACUUUAGGCAGCUACUCAUGGGGAUGGCAGAUAAAAACAUCCAGUACUACGAGAAGUGCCUUAUGGCGUGGGAGUCAGUUAUACCACUAUUGCAAGACAAGCCAGAGACCAAAUAAGUACCACCUCCAUGGACAGUCUAGCACUUCUGUACUCAGUACCACUAGACAUACUGGAACUGUAUGAAGGACUCCUUUUGUCAACUGAAACACCAGCUGCACUUAAGCUGGAACAGAUGCUUUGAAAAUUAGUUUAAUUUUUUUCCUCACUUUCUCUGUUUAAACUAGGGUAUUUUUCAUCUUUUUAAGUUAUCUUGAAUGGUUCCUUCUUUAUCCUAUGGAGUGAUUGGGGGUUCACAGUGAAAGCCCAUGGGGAUCUUGAUAAAACUUACCUCUCUAGUCUGGAAGGAACUGAUGAAUGGAACACUGAAAAGAUGAAAAUACUACUGCAAGGUGCCAAAUGAUGUCUCUAUUACCCUACUGUUUUGUUU